GAUCACACUUUACGUAAUUACCACUUUCAAGACAACGUAGAUCUACUUACAUAAAACAUUCCACUAAUUCGGCGCAUUUCCUGAGCUAGCCUGACGUCAUACAACAUCAUAGUCCGCUCAACCCCUCUCAAGCUUUUUGAUCAUAUCGAAAUCGCCAUGAAUACUACUUUCUUCACGAGUCUACUGGCCGUCAUCCUAAUUGGACUAGAUUCUUCAGCGGCUCGACCUGCUUUUGGGCGUGUAGGAGACCUGGCCAGCCAUGACGUCGAGUCUCUUCCGCGAUUUCUUGAGAACGGUGGAUUACAAGGGCCUAUGCAUGAAGACUCAGUCUUUGAUUCAGGAUACCUUUCACGCUACAACCUUCAAUCACCAACUGGUGGGAUGAAAACGGUACAAAAGACUUCGCCAAACCUUCUUGGUGAACCGAAUGAAGCGGGAGGCUCCGCGCUGCUUGAGAAUGCACGACUUGUCCUCUACCGGAUACUGUACGGGACCGGAGAGAAGACUGAAACCGAUGGAGCCAUUACCGCUGAUCAGAUCAUGCGGAAUAUGAUGUCCUUUGAAGCAAUCCCGACGGCGGGAAAACCGCACUCCGGUAAUCUUGUCAUACGUCCAUCUGAGAGUAAAAUGACUACCACGGCCACUGAUGGAGACAGUCCCAAGUCAACAUUAUCGACGCAUCAGAUCAUCCGGAAUAUGAUGCCCUUCGAGGCAAUCCCACUGGAGGAAGAACCGCACUCCGGUCUAUCUGAGGGUAAAGUUAUCACUUCUGCGACUAAUUGA